AUGGAUCCUUAUGAUACGUCAGAAUUGACUCCUAGACAAAGUACAUCCUCAAGCCUUAAAGAUUACUUUAUAGGUGCCACCCCUCUGCAGAAACGAUUAGAAUCAGUCAGGAAGCAGACUACCUUUGUCUUGACUCCACCUCGAAAGAAAAUUCCCCAGUGUUCACAAUUGCAGGAAGAUGUUGAUCCUCAAAAGGUUGCAUUCCUUCUGCAUAAGCAAUGGACUUUAUAUAGUUUAACUCCCUUAUAUAAAUUCUCCUAUACUAAUCUCAAAGAAUAUUCUAGACUCCUAAGUGCAUUUAUUACUGCUGAAAAGCAAAAAGGACUUGCUGUGGAAGUGGGAGAAGAUUUCAACAUCAAAGUGAUUUUCUCUCCCCUCUUAGGAGUGAAAGGAACGGAAAGAGACUCUGAAGCAUUUCUUGUCCAGAUUCUGUCCAAAUCUCAACUGCCAUCUCAGAAUACAGAAGGUAAAGUGUUGUGGACUGGUUGGUUCUGCUGUAUAUUUGGAGACAGUCUUCUAGAGACUGUUUCAAAAGAUUUCACUUGUUUACCCUUGUUCCUUGCAAAUGGAGCAGAGUCUAAUACGGCCAUAAUUGGAACUUGGUUUCAGAAAACCUUUGACUGCUAUUUUAGUCCCUUACCAAUCAAUGCAUUUAAUCUUUCCUGGAUGGCUGCUAUGUGGACUGCAUGCAAAAUGGACCAUUAUGUGGCUACUACUGAAUUUCUUUGGUCUGUACCCUGUAGCCCUCAAAGUCUGGACAUUUCUUUUGCCAUACAUCCAGAGGAUGCAAAAGCUUUGUGGGAUAGUGUCCACAAAACACCUGGCGAAGUUACCCAAGAGGAAGUUGACUUAUUCAUGGACUGCCUUUAUUCACAUUUCCAUAGACAUUUCAAAAUUCAUUUAUCAGCUACAAGAUUGGUUCGUGUUUCAACAUCUGUAGCUUCAGCACAUACUGAUGGAAAAAUAAAGAUUCUGUGUCAAAAAUACCUUAUUGGGGUGUUGGCAUAUUUGACAGAACUGGCAAUUUUUCAAAUUGAGUGA